GAACAUAUUAGGGUUUAACAAACAAUGGAGUGAAAUCUACUUCUCUCUCUAAACCCUUCUCUCUAGAUCACUCCAUCUCCAUUUCUCAACCACCUCUGCAAAUUCCAAUAUGGCUAACGCGCAGAAAGCCGCGAAUGUGCUAACGAACAUAGCGCGCGCCGCCUUCGCCGUCGGAAUCGGCGGUGCCGCGGUCAAUUCCUGUCUCUACACCGUCGACGGUGGCCAACGCGCCGUUAUCUUUGACCGUUUCCAAGGAGUCAAAUCUGAUACCGUCGGCGAAGGAACUCACUUCUUGGUCCCUUGGCUUCAGAAACCCUUCAUCUUCGACAUCCGCACUCGCCCCCACACCUUCUCCUCUAUUUCCGGCACAAAGGAUUUGCAGAUGGUUAAUCUGACACUGCGUGUGCUGUCUCGCCCCGAGGUGAAUAAACUUUCCGAUAUUUUCCAAACCCUAGGGCUUGAGUAUGAUGAAAAAGUCCUGCCAUCUAUUGGUAAUGAGGUUCUGAAGGCUGUUGUUGCUCAAUUCAAUGCUGAUCAAUUGCUCACUGAGCGGCCCCAUGUUUCUGCUCUUGUGAGAGAGAGUUUGAUCAGAAGGGCCAAGGAUUUCAACAUUGUUUUGGAUGAUGUUGCCAUUACACACUUAUCGUAUGGUGCGGAAUUUUCAAAGGCUGUUGAACAGAAGCAAGUGGCCCAACAAGAGGCGGAGAGGUCUAAGUUUGUGGUCAUGAAGGCAGAGCAGGAGAGGAGAGCUGCUAUCAUUAGGGCUGAGGGUGAAAGUGAGUCUGCUAAGCUGAUUUCUGAUGCAACUCAAGCUGCAGGGAUGGGAUUGAUCGAGCUGAGGAAGAUUGAGGCAGCCAAGGAAAAUGCAGCAUCCAUGGCCAGGAAUGGGAAUGUGGUUUAUCUCCCUAGCAGCAACAACAUGCUCCUUGGGGUUAAUCCUGCACGUUAGAUAUGAGAUUGCUGGCUUUGGUUCCAUUGUUUUGGCUUCUUUGGAGAUAUUUGAGCUUUCGAUUUGCAGAUUCUAAUGCCGCGAUGAGUUGUAAGAAUGUUUAGGAUCCAGAUGAGCUAUAAUAAAUCUAAAACCAUGCCCCUUUUCUCUAUUCUUGGAAAUUCUAAUCAUCUGUCCUCGUUAACUGGUGCACUACCUACUUAUCGCAGUGCUUGUUACUAAUGAUGAUUCAUAUCUUGUGGUUAUUAUGAGAUGUGGUUUCUGCUUCUUUUUA